AUAUGCUUCCAUAACAGCUCACAGGUCUCAAGGUUCAAUCCCGAUAGCAAACGGAGUCAAAAGCUCUUGUGCACGAAUCGGACCUCAUAGCAUAGUGUAGCUAAUACUGCACUUUGAUUCUUCAUGGUCAUGGAACUCAAAUUUCGACAUCGAGAUUACAAAGCUGAAGAACAAGUUCACUCCCUCUCUCGUGUGGUAGCAGAGAGUCAUCCUCUCUCCCUUCAAUCACCUUCCUGUGACCAGGUUGAUGUUACAGAUUAUGGCAGGGACGAGUUCUUUGAUCCAUUAAGGGGGAAUCAUGGAAAACCAGAGGAUUCAAUGAAGGGUAUAGGAGGAACGUCUACUGAAAUCACAGAAGAACCAUAUAGAGAUAUUACUAUUCAUUUUCUGGGAAAGGAGUGGACAUCUUACAAGAAAGUCUUGAUGCAAAAAUUUCCUGUCUCCAAAAUGAUUUCUGUUUCUUCGUUGUCAAGCUCAAUUAUGAAGACAGGCAAGGGCCCUGAGAAACCCUCAGCAAAUGUACAUCUAGAGGAGCUAGAUGAUCCUCAGAAAUUUGCUGAAGAAGGUGUUAAAUAUAUCACCCUGAAGGAGUAUGUCUCACGCUUAACUGAACUUAAAGAUGAAAUUAGCCGUGCCUGGCAUGCAAGUGACCGUGUUACCUCCCUUAAUUUGUCAAUCAAGGUUGCUAAGUUACUGUCGGACACAUCUGUACUACAAUUGUAUCCAACACUUUUUGUUCUAGCUACAGAAAUACUAGAUAUGUUUGGGGAUAUGGUAUGGGAACGCAUCAGGCAGAAAGCUGAAUACACUGAAGAAGGAACAUUAGUCCAUUUACCAGAUAAUUUUCAAGCAACUGAAAUCUGUGCUGAAGCCAAAGAAACCUGCUAUAACUGGUUUUGCAAAGUUGGUUCCAUCCGCGAGCUACUGCCACGCAUAUACUUGGAGCUGGCCAUAUACCAUUGCUGGCAUUUCCUUUCGGGACAACCUGCCGAUAAUCUUCCACGACUAGUUAUGAUGGCGAGAGGCAUUGCAGAUCCAUUAGCAUCGUUUUACUGCCGCUUAUAUUUGGCCCAUUGUGCACAAAAAUUGCCUCAACGGGACAUAGGGCAUCUGAUAAUUUCUAUGAAGGACAUGAAAACUCUUCUGAUGAAUGGUGCACAUGUUGCAUCUGCGGAGAAAUCUUCUGGAGUUCUAUCAGGAACUCGAAGUUCAAAACUGGGCCUGAUGGAACCAGCUAUUGAAUAUGUUAUGAAAUGCUUGUUCAAGGAGUCAUGUGAGCAGUUGCAAAUUGGAGACAUACUGAUGGGGCUUGGACUUGGGAGGAACCAAUCAGAGUUAUUUGGAAACUCAUCAUGCGUCUCGCUUGUUCUUCACCAUUUAUUAAGGGAACUUCCUAUAGGAAUAGUUUGUUCUAAUGCCUUGGACAUUCUUCAUCUCAUUGAGUGUAGCAAUGAUUACUCCUUCGAUCAGUGUUUGAAUUAUAAGUUACUGGGACUCAGACUAUGCGAAAACAUAUCUCAUGUGAAUGAAGUCAAUCUCGUGAUGAAGAAGGUUAUCCAGGUUGUUUCUCGAAUUAAUAGCCUUGAUGAGUACCUCAAUGUUGUAGACGCUCAUAUAGAUAUUGCUCUCCAGAAACACAUGAAUAGUUAUCUGGAAAGCAUAUUAGAUGGAAUAUUCGAGCGCACAUUAGAUGACGUGAUUGGUGAGAAUGAACUAUCAAGCCUGCAAUCAAUUCUUCUGAAGCUUCUUAAUGAUUUUGACAACCUAGAGAACAUAUUGCAAUUGAACCAUUUCAAUCAAAUAUUAAGCGUGAUGCAGGGGAGCUCUAGGACCAUCAUCAAUAUGCGGAUCCUUAGUAUUGCCACAAGGAAUUCUUGUGUUCGAGAUCCUACAACCAUUCAAUUCCUUUUCGAAGUUUCAAGGUCCUUGCAUGAUAGCAUAGAUCUCUCAACUAUUAAGGAAAAGGAUAACAACCAUUCAGCACACUUAGUUUCUCGUUUUAUACACAUGGUUGAUUAUGGUUCUGAAGUUGAAUGCCACUUAGCUUUUUUGGUUCAGUGCCGUGGAGCUUUUGGAAGCAUGAGUGAAGUCAAGGAAAGGAUUGUUCAUUCCAGCAAUUUACUGGUGGUUAAAGCUACACGGAAUGACAUUAUUGAUGUCAUUUUUGUCAAAUCUUGUAUAGCAUGCAGUGAAGUUACAAUACCAUCUAUCCCAUCUCAUAUGAAACAGUUAAACCUCUACUUGGAAACUGCAGAGGUUGCAUUAAUGGCUGGUUUAGUUUCUCACUCAGAUGGACUUGUAGAUUCAGCAUUGAGGUGCUUGCAUAAUGUUGACUUAUUGGAAGGCUCAAGGAUGCCCAAGGACAUUGAUGGGUUUCUAUCAACAUUAUGCAAAUUUUGCAGUCUUAUUGUUAUGAUUCCAGGUAACAUUGAGCUAGGAGUCAGUAGCAUUCCCAGGAAUAUGUUUUCCAUCCUCAGCUCCUUGUCAUGGAUGCUGCCAAGUAUGAAGACAAAGGUGUUAUGUGCACUCAUCUUAACAGUUGCUGCAUUAUCCCAGAAUAAUCUCCUGUACCAUGCAAUACAUGAUGAGGUUAUGGGCAAUGACUCUUUGUUCUAUUGUGAUCAACAAUAUCUGCAAGAGCUUUUUUCAUUUUCUACUGUUCUUCUUCAGAGCUUACUCGAUACUGUUUUACAAGAACCAAUACAGGCUGCCCGAGGAAAUCUAGCACUUGAUGCUUGCAAUGCUGUUGCAUCUUCUUUUGAAGUAUGUAAAGGAGCAUCAGAUAUUUGCUCCAAGCUGGUUGAAACUGCCAAGCUAUCUUUGAGCUCCGAAAACAAAUAUCUUCAAUCUACAAUCGAGUUUCUCAACAACCGUGGACUUAUACAAAGGGAAGAGUCGUAAAAAGCAGGAAAAUAACAUGUUCUGCAAAAUUGGAGUGUAGCUUAUUUUGUCACUAUUGUCUUAUUUUGUUCUUAAGUUAAGCAUCCAUCUUUUUUCUUCUUCAUCAAGUUGAUAGCUUUCAUAAUGUAUACUAAUUUAGAUUUCUCUGGUGUUCGAGAGUAGGUUUUUAUGUCUAUAGUGUCUCUUCAUUUCAAUUUUCUACUUUGGUUUAUUCACUUCGACGAUCGUGUAUUCUAUAGUUUACCUGGGAAAGUUCAUUGGUUUAUGAUCUAUGCUUGUGUUGUCAAUCAGUUUUAAUUCUUUGGAAACCUUUGUGUAUUUGGAUUUACUGUUGUAAAAAGUACACGUACCCAAAA